AUGGGUCUCACGCUUGCAGAGCUCAGUGUGGAAGCUUUUGCUCGAGGCGAUCACUCAACCGGGCCCGGGCCACUACCCACUGACAAGGCAGCAGCCGCGCUGCUAAGCGGCCUCUUCUCUCCAGUCGCUUUGCAGUGGAAGACCAAAAUCGACAACGGCCUCACGGCCACAGUCAGGGCCGAAGUUUCGCAGGACUUGACCUGUUGGCCUCCGGAGUGGGUGCAUCUCACGGUCACCCGUGGUGCAGAGGGUGUCGACGAUGAUCUGCGACAGCGCUGUCUAGAGAUCAAGGUGCCCUCCAGUGUGUUGCCAUCGCAACUGGAAAAGAUCCUGGCAGGUGCAAGCUUCACAGGCUCGAACUGCGGGGCAGAGGAGGCCUCGACAUCAAAUUUGUCGGACGAGACGAUGGCAAUCAUCGAUCAGUGUCAGGCUCGUGGCAUCUCGCAGCCCAUGUCGUUGGCGCAGUGGCAUCAUGCAGUCUGCGGGCACCAUGCCCUUUUCAACCUACGCUGCCUCCUUUCUGGCGAUUCCUCCUUUUUGCAAAACGAGACGUGCUUCUGGCGCCAAGCUCUUUGCGACAUUGAGAGCCGCGUCACGGGUGGAAUAGCUGACGAAGUGCACCUGAGGCAUUUGGUCAGCACGGACCCUGCUCUCUCCGGCCGGGUGAGUGUGGCCUCGUCUCUGGAGAGUUUACAGGAGCAGCUUCAGAUGUCCUCGCGCACGCAUGGAGUCCACGGCUUUUUGCUGGGUGGAGCUACUCACUGGUACAGCGCUGCAGUUGUGAGCCGAGAAACGCUUGACAGACCAGAUGGCCACAACAAGAUUUACUUCUUUGACUCCUACAACACGCCACUGGCGACAGUGAUAUCAAACGCAGAUAUUGAGUCUAUGGUGGAAGGGCAGCUGUGUGUCAGUCGGGCGAGUGCGCUGGAUGCCUUGAAGCAGAAUCCUGCUUGGGCUCACAAGCCAAACGCUCAUCUGGAAACUGCUUUCGAGGAGGGAGUGGAAGAAUGGUGGAAGGGGGUCAGAAAAGCUUCUGUAUUCUGGCAGCACAAACCACUGGAUGUGCGUCGACAACUGAUGCGCAUGGACUUGCAACUAGUCAGAGACUUCUUGCGAGUUCUGGCAGACGCCUAUUGCUCUUCCUAA